AUGGAUCCUUCUCGCUUUUUAGCGCUCUUCCUGGUCUUCUUGUGUCAUUGUUGCACCGCGGUUGACGCAGAAAAAGGUAGUCGCGGCUUCAUCGGUUUGAUCAACCCGGAAACCCCGGACCUGGUGGAGGUAGACAAUGCCACCUCCGAUACCCUGCAGAGCGGUCUCACCACCGUUUUCCUGCCGAUGGUGUACAUCGUGGUAUUCGUGGUGGGCCUUCCCCUCAACGCAAUGGCCAUCUGGGUAUUCCUGUUCCGCACCAAGAAGAAGCACCCGUCGUCCAUUUACAUGGCCAACCUGGCUCUCGCCGACCUGCUCUUUGUUUUAUGGACGCCGCUGAAGAUUGCUUACCACCUGGCGGGAAACGACUGGACGUACGGCGAAGGGCUUUGCAAGGUCCUGGUGGGCUUCUUCUACGGGAAUAUGUAUUGCUCCAUCUUAUUCAUCGCCUGCCUCAGUGUGCAACGCUACUGGGUUGUGGCGCACCCGCUCUCCCAACAGCGCAGGAACAACAAACUAGCGGUGAUCAUAUGUGUCGCCAUCUGGAUUUUUAUCUGGCUCACCACGACGCCGCUCUAUUUGUACCAGCACACGGCCAAGCUUAGCAAGCCCGUCAUCACCACCUGCCAUGACGUCAGUAUCAUCCUGGACCGCAGCGACCCCUUUGCCUCAGUCCGACUGCCUUACUUCUAUUUCAUCCUGAUGGGUGUGGUGGUAUUUCUAGUGCCUUGCGUCGUUAUCGUGGUGGCGUACGUGCUGCUUCUCCGGGCGCUGGGCCAAGGCAUGGGAGAUGCAGCGGCGGCCAAGAACCGGCGGAGGGCGGUGAUGCUGAUCGGCGUGGUGUUGCUCACCUUCCUGGUGUGCUUCAUCCCCAGUAACAUCAUGCUGGUGCUGCACUACUCUCUGCUAAAGGAGGGCGUGGUGGAUAACGGCUACGCCUUCUACAUCGCCACGCUCUGCUUGGCAAGCCUCAACAGCGUAUUGGACCCUUUCAUCUACUACUUUGUGUCAGACGAUUUCCGGCAGCACGUCAAGAACACGCUGCUUUGUCGCAGCAGCCGGACGGUGGAACGCAUGCGGGUCUCCUUCAGUUCCAUGAAAUACUCCAGGAAGAGCAAGUCAUACGUGUCAGACUCGGGAAACACGCAGAGCAGCUCGUGCUAG